AUGGCAGCUUCGGGGGACCACAAGGGGUGGAUGGGAAGGGUCCUCAAGGGGUGGAGGAUGGGAUGGGGCCGGCUGUGGCGCACAGAGGCACAGCCAAACCUGCUCUCUGGCAGCCAGGCUCCCCUAAUCCAACGGGUCGCUUGCCAGGCGCACGUCACCUUCCCAGGCAGCAGAGACCACAGUUCUGCCCUCUGUGGCGUGGCCUGUGGCUCCCAGGAGCAAAUACCGCCCGACUUCGCGGAGAACCUGAGCAAGCUGAAGAUCCUGGUGGCCCAGGUCCAUGCUGAGGACCUCUGCAUCGCCCCACGCGAGACUACACCGAAACCACUGAAGCCUCACCUCCCGCGUGUCACCUACAUGCAUAUAUGUGACACGGAUGGCUUCAGCCUGAGCGUGUUUCUCCUGCAGAGAGAUGCGCGCAUCCCGCUGCAUGACCACCCUGGCAUGCACGGGGUGCUCAAGGUGCUCUAUGGCACCAUACGCAUCAGCUGCAUGGACCAGCUGGAAGUGGGUGGCGACCAGUGUCCAGGGGCCGAGUCUCAGCUCUUCCAGACACCACUGCAGCAGGAGGCCCUGAGGCCAGCAGUCUUUCGCUCACAGGCCGAGUACACCGAGGCCAGCGGCCCCUGCAUCCUCACACCACACCUGGACAACCUGCACCAGAUCGAGGCGGUGGACGGGCCUGCUGCAUUCCUGGACAUCCUGGCCCCGCCCUACAACACCGACCAAGGCCGGGAAUGCCGCUAUUACCGAGUGCUGGAUCCCCUCAGGCCCAAGGAGGCCUCCAGCUCGGCCAGUGACCUGCCCAGAGAAGUGUGGCUCCUGGAGACCCCCAAGGAUGCAGACUUCUGGGGUGAGGAAGAGCCCUAUCCAGGUCCCAAGGUCCUUCUUUGA